AUGGAGCUCAGUGGCAGGAUUCACUCAGACCCCGAUGCAAUCAAAGCCGCUUCUACCGAUUACGGACAUAUUAUUUCGGUGAAUCCCGCAGUUGUUCUAUCUCCAUCAUCCGUCGAUGAUAUCAAGACUCUGAUAAGUUUUUCAUUCAAAAGUAAUUCUACUCCUUAUACAGUAGCCGCAAAAGGCAAUGCUCAUUCUACCUGGGGCCAGGCCAUGGCUGCCAGCGGCGUAGUGGUGGAUAUGUUGUCUCUGAAAAAGAAUGGAAACGGAAGUAGAAUUAUUGUAUCCGGAAACAAGGGCUCAGGUUUUUACGCCGACGUUGGGGGCGAACAGCUGUGGAUUGAUGUAUUGAAUGAGACACUGAAACAAGGACUUUCGCCAGUUUCUUGGACGGAUUAUUUGUAUCUGACAGUUGGUGGGACGCUUUCAAACGCUGGAAUUAGCGGCCAAACGCAUCGCAGAGGUCCUCAGAUUGCUAAUGUCAAAGAAUUAGAUGUUGUUACUGGAAAAGGAGAUUUAGUAACUUGCUCUCCACGACAGAACUCGGAGUUGUUUUUUGCAGUUCUAGGAGGUCUUGGUCAAUUCGGAAUCAUAACGAGAGCAAGAAUAGUUCUAGAGCCGACGAAGAAAAGGGUUUGGUGGUUACGUAUUCUUUACAAUGAUUUUGCUGCUUUUAGUAAAGACCAAGAAAGUUUGAUUGCCAUGACCGGAGCAAGUUGUCAAAAUGUACCGGAUUAUGUGGAAGGUCAACUUUUGAUGGACCCGAAUACUAAUCUUGAUUUUUUUCCACCAUCCGAUCGCCCUAAAAUAAUUUCACUCAUAAAACAAUAUGGUAUCAUCUACUUUAUUGAAGUAGCCAAGUAUUAUGAUGAUAGCAGUACUGUGGACAAGGAGCUGAAAUGUUUAUUCAAAAAUUUAAAUGGUUUCAUCCCCGGAUUUAUGUACGAGGCAGAUGUAACCUACCUAGAUUUUUUAAAUAGAGUACACCGGGACGAGUUGGUACUUCGGGAAAAAGGACUUUGGGAGAUUCCUCAUCCAUGGUUGAAUCUCUUUGUACCCAAAUCUGGAAUCUUUGAAUUCAAUAAUGGUGUUUUCAAGGACAUUCUUCUUAAGAACAACUUUACCUCAUCACUUGUCCUUUUUUACCCUAUGUUCCGAAAUAAAUGGGAUGAUAGGAUGUCUGCUGUUAUACCAGAUGAAGAUGUUUUCUACCCUGCAGGAUUUUUGGAUUCAAGUGGCUUUGAUAACUGGCAGGUCUUUGAUAACAAAAAUAAAGAGAUAUUGCAGUUUUGUGCCAGAACUGGUAUUAAAAUUAAGCAGUAUCUUGGCCAUUAUGGAAGUAAGGAAGAAUGGAUUGACCAUUUCGGCUCAAAAUGGAAUACUUUUAAACAGAGGAAAGCUCAGUUUGAUCCAAAAAUGUUAUUAUCACCCGGACAGAAAAUUUUCAACUAACAGUUAAAGAGAGUACCCUAUGUAGUUCUUGGAACAGGAUUGCAAAGAUCAAUAAAUGAUGAAUAUUAACUUCUUGAAUCCUCUAUAAUGGUUUGAUAAAGGGUAGCACAUUGACCGUAUGAUUUGCAUAAAUCCUGUACCUAUAGUCUUAAUAAAAAAAAAAAGGAUUGACUUUUCUCUUGUUACUCA